AUGCCCAUUUCGAGCCUCCUCUCGGCCGCCCCAGACAAGGAGAACCUGCCCCUGCCCCUCCCCACUGUCACCAAGGCGCCAGCAGCAACAGCAGCAGCAGCAGCAGCAGCAGCAGCAGCAGCCAGCAGGAAGCGCAAGUCGACCGAGGCCCUCGCGCCCGCACCGGAAUUCAACGUCGACGACAUUUACCUCGGAAACCAGGAAAUCGACGAGAACCCCGACCAGGUGCGCCGCAAGAUCAACCGCUACAUCGACGGCGGCGCCACCACCAAGACGGCCUUUGCCCGCGAGAUUGGCGUCAGCUCAAAGUCGCUCAGCGGCUUCAUGGCCGAGAACGGCCCCAACAAGGGCUACAACCAUGCCUCGUACCGUGCCGCCUGGGAGUUCUUCAAGAAGCGGGAAAUGGUCGGCCUUAAGCUGCCCGUCAAGAGGCUCAAGACAACUGCCGCCACAGCUACAACGUCAGGCGCCACGGCCACGGCCCCCGGCACGACUGGCACCGCAGCGAGCAGGAAACCCGCCUUCAACUCGGCGGGCGUCGACCUCGGCGACAUCGCGCUGCCCGGCGAGGCGACGGACGCCGUGCCUGUGUUCGACUCGUGCGACGAGGUGCGGCGCAAGAUCAACCUGCACCUCAAGAAGGAAGGCGUGACGCAGGCGCAGUUCUGCCGCGACAUUCUGGCGCAGCUGCAGGGCCCCGGCCGUCCCGCCAGCAUCCAGGGCUCGCAGCUGUCGCGCUUCCGCGGCAUGAAGGGCGCCGGCGCCGGUGCUACCACUGGCGUCUACUACGGCGCCUAUGUCUUCUUCGAGAAGCUCCGCCUCAAGGAGGGCAAGCCCAAGACCAAGCACCGCACCGACAUGGAGCAGGCUUGGGGCCCCGAGGGCUUCGAUCGCGAGAACGACAGCCGUCGCGGGUGA